AAGAAACAUGUUUGACGGCAUCCCAGGAUAUGAGGGAAUUGCGGCAGGUGGAGGUGGUGCGUAUCUUCCUCCUCCAAUGCCUUCUGUGCCAAUGCCUGUGCCCGAACACGCUUCCAGCCAUCCAGAGUGGCACAACAACAUUCCUUCCAUCUCAGAGGGAAGAGCGCAUCAAGCUUUUGAAGAGUACGUCUCCAGCAAGUGCUGCUAUAGUUCUGCCCCGGUCAGAGAGGGGGUCAUAACUAAUAUGGAGUCCUUUAAUACCUACAGGUAUCGUUUGGAGACAUUCACAGAGUCCAGAUCUACUAAAUGGAGUCAGGAGCCUUACACGGGGCAGCGUGUUGAUGCCGGCAUUCAGCGUCCUCCAGGACCGUGGGAGAUCGCAGCUCAACCUCCGUCCUACUUUACUGACCACAAGGAGACCAUUAGAGUGCCUUACACUUCCUCAGUCAAGAAAUGUAACCCGUGCAGUGGAAUGGGAAAAAACUCCUGUUCUUCCUGCACUGGAACUGGAAGUAAAGUGUGCUCUGGAUGUAACGGUUCUCGUCAACGUCCUGAUAAUGAGUCCUGCAAUAAAUGUGACUAUAGAGGACGUGAAAAAUGUAGUUCAUGUAGCGGCACUGGCUUUCACAAGUGUGACUCCUGUGAUGGAAAGGGACAGCUGCUCAUCUUCAUCAGCCUCAAAGUUAAAUGGAGCACUGAGAAGGACGAUUACGUAGUGCAAGAUUCGAGUGGACUGAGACCAGAAAAGCUGGGGAAGGUUUCAGGAAAGGAGCUCUUCAAAGACGCCCAGAUUAUGGUCUAUCCAGUGAUGGGUUUCCCUGAUGUUUCUGUUGCACAAGCAUCUGAACGUUUAAUAAGAGACCAUCAGGUGAAAUAUACCAAGAACUCCCGCAUAUUACAACAGAGGCAGACGAUUGAGCUCAUUACCAUAACGAGAGUGAAUUACACAUGGAAAGAGAAGUCCUAUGUUUACUGUGUGUAUGGAAAUGAGUUGAAAGUGAACACUGAUGACUAUCCCGCCACCUGCUGCUGUUCUGUCAUGUGACUCAACAACAACGCUGUACAUGCAAACAUCAAAACCGCUGACUGUACAUCCCACAUUCAUCACAUCUCAAACCGGACACACAAAACACCUGUCAGAGAUGGCUAUUACUCCGUAUUUUAAAACUGUU